AUGCACGGCAGAUGGACUCCUAAUCCAAAGUCCCAGCUGAAGACUUUGAAAGACUGGCUCUUCCGACCCGAUGGUGGUAAUGGAUUCCUCGAAGGUUCGGAAAAAUUAAUGUGGAACGACGAUGACUUGAGGCGAUACGUGUGUCUCGCCGAUCCCGGUAUCGAGACAGACCCCUUCACGACCUUCAUAAGAGCUGUCAUGUCCGGCGUUUUCCACAAACUUCUUGGAAGGCGAAGCAAAAAACGCAUUAUCGAUGAAGAAUCGGGAAUGGUCUCGUACGACGAUGAGGCGAUGAUGAAAGCGAGCAAUGCCAUCGUAGUAGUCGUUGCUUCGGCCGUGCCAGUCUUGACCAUCUUCGUUCUCAAUAGCCUGCAAACCACCGCUCAGCGCAUCGGAUUCACGGUUCUCUUUACUUCGAUAUUCGCGGCGCUGUUAAGCAUCUUCAGUUCGGCCAAGCGCGCAGAGAUCUUUGCUGCGACAGCAACAUUUGCUGCGGUUGAAGUGUCUACGUUCGAGUUCCCUGAUUGCGUGAACGGUCCCUUGGCUGAUAACCUAGUUUGCGAUGUGACGGUCUCCCACGCCGAAAGGGCAGCUGCUCUCGUCGGAGCCAUGACGAUUGACGAGAAGCUCGCCAAUCUCGUCAAUGCGAGUCCCGGCGCACCCCGUCUCGGUCUCCCAGCCUACGAAUGGUGGAACGAAGCCCUCCACGGAGUAGGCUACUCCCCCGGCGUCAACUUCCAAGACAAGGGCGAAUUCGCCUCCGCCACCUCCUUCGCGAACCCCAUACUCCUCUCCGCCGCCUUCGACGAUUCCCUCGUCCACGAAAUCGCAACCGUGAUAUCUACCGAAACCCGCGCCUUCAGCAACGCCGGCCACGCCGGCCUCGACUACUGGACCCCGAACAUCAACCCUUACCGCGACCCGCGCUGGGGCCGCGGCAUGGAGACCCCGGGCGAAGACCCGCGCCGAAUCAAAGGCUACGUCAAGGCCCUACUCUCGGGUCUCGAAGGCGACGACCCGUCGAAGAAGAAGAUCAUCGCCACCUGCAAGCAUUAUGCGGGGAACGACAUCGAUCGCUGGGAGGACGUCCUGCGCUUCAACUUCUCCGCCGUCAUUUCGCUCCAGGACCUCGUCGAGUACUAUCUCCCGCCGUUCCAGCAGUGCGCUCGCGACUCACGCGUCGGCUCCAUCAUGUGCGCUUACAACGCCGUGAACGGCACGCCCGCCUGCGCCAACACGUACCUGAUGCAGACGGUUUUGCGCGACCAUUGGGGGUGGAAUGAUGAGAAUCAGUAUAUUACUAGCGAUUGUAAUGCCGUGGGGAACUUUUACGCCGACCACCACUGGGUUGAGACGGCGGCGGAGGCGGCGGCCAAAGCUUACGCUGCAGGCACCGACACCGUGUGCGAGGUUAAUAUGGCGACGGAUGUCAUCGGCGCGUGGAACCAGUCUCUGUUGACCGAGGAGACGAUCGAUAGAGCGCUCAACAGACUGUACCACGGCCUUGUUAGGGUGGGCUACUUUGACCCUCCGGACUCGUCAGAGUAUCGAUCCCUCACUUGGGAGGACGUCAACACCGAGCACGCGCAGCAAUUAGCUCUCCAGUCCGCGGUCGACGGAAUCGUACUUCUCAAGAACGACGACGCCGUAUUACCUUUAGAGUAUGACGCAAACACCUCGGUCGCGGUCAUCGGUCACUGGGCCGAAGCUCCCGUUCAACUACUUGGUGGAUACGCUGGCACGGCACCUUAUUACAUCACCCCCCGAUCCGUCGCGGCAGCCAUCCACAACUCCACACACUACGCCAACGGGCCGAUUGCCCAAGACCUGGACGCAGACGAUACUUGGAGCGAAAAGGCCCUCGAGGCGGCAAACAAUGCUGAUAUAGUCUUUUACUUUGGUGGGCUCCGCAUGACCAUCGAGCGGGAGGAUCGUGACCGCACGUCCAUUGGCUGGCCGGCCGCUCAACUCUCGCUCAUCCAAAAGCUCUGCGCCCUGGGUAAGCCGUGCAUCGUCAUCCAGAUGGGUGACCAGAUUGAUGAUGCCCCACUCCUAGAAAAUAAGAACGUCUCGGCAAUUUUGUGGGCGGGAUAUCCCGGACAGGCCGGAGGUGCAGCAGUAUUUGAUAUUCUGUAUGGAAAGUCUGCUCCUGCCGGGAGACUCCCUGUGACGCAAUACCCUUCGUCGUACACCGAAGAGGUACCCAUGACUGAUAUGACUCUGCGGCCGAGCGAGGUGAGCCCAGGGAGGACGUAUAAGUGGUACAGCGACGCAGUUCUCCCGUUUGGCUAUGGCCUUCAUUACACCAUGUUCGAGGUAGCUUUUUCCUUCGAGCCGGCCGUGUCCUAUGAUAUCCAGGGCCUUAUCGACGGAUGUCAGAAAGACCACUUAGACCUCUGUCCUUUUGAUACCAUAUCUGUGUCUGUCGAGAAUACUGGGGAUGUACUCUCCGAUUUCGUUGCUCUCGUGUUCGUAAAUGGCACCUACGGGCCGUCUCCACACCCGCUCAAGGAGCUCGUGGGAUACCACCGCUUCCGAGGUGUGGAGGUGGGUGAGUCACGGGAAGCCGAGAUAAGUCUGACGCUAGGUGACAUUGCCAGAGUUGACGAGAGCGGAAACACAAUCCUGUACCGAGGGACGUACACUUUGCAAGUCGAUGUUCCUGCCCAGCACACGGUCAGUUUCAAGCUGACGGGUGACGAUGCAAUGCUUGACGAGUGGCCGCAACCUCCGGAAGACCUCGGCGCAGAGAUCGAAUAA